AUGUAUCUGAACCAUCAGCAACCGUCAUCGACCAUGUUAAAAUACACGAUAGCCAGUGACGAGGGAUCGUUUUCCCCCGCACACCGGCCUGACAAUCCCGAAACUUAUAAUAUCAAAGAGUCCUUGGAAACUAGUGCCAACCCAAGAACACGUGCUAAAAUGGUUAUGAAAAAACGUGCCAAACAUGUUCAAAAGCGGGCUAGUGAGUAUGCCAUGCUUCCUCCAAUCAACGGACCUCACAACUACCGGAAGGAGAUAGCAACGCCGUAUAUCAACAAUGCCACGUCGACACACGAGGCGCUGGAAACGCCGUAUACAAACGCACUCGGGAUUUCCCGCCUCCAUGACGUAACGACUCCCUACAUUAUGAACACGCACAUAUCUAAGAUGGACGGCAUGUCUCCACUUCCUUGCCGGGAAUAUACUCUUGCUGGGAAGGAACAUUUCACAAAAAUGGGAAGUCUCGCUCACGGGGGCACUAAUAUCGUGGAAGUCUCGCACAUGAGACAAGACUCGUUUGCACACGAGACUAUCACGAAGCUCCAGUCAUCCUCGCCAUAUAUAGAACGGAAGUCAAGAUAUGAUAGGAAACCUAAUAAAUAUAUUUCGGAAAAAUCAGACUUAGAUCGAAAUAAUUCCAAAUUACAUAUACAAAGUAAUCAAAUCGGAUUAAUAGACCGAACAGAAAGACAUCGGGCGCGUGUUAUUCAUGGUAACGAACCAUUCUCCAUUCGGAAGAAAAUUGAACAGUUUCGCCGCUGGCAUGAAGAACAAUAUAAAGAGAAACUAAAAAAGUUGAAAGACGAAAUUGACAAUCAAUUUGAGGCUGAGCAACGAAAAAUGACCAAAUCUACCUUAAAGUCGAACAGGACGAAACACAGGGAGGAAAAUGUAAACAAGAAUAAAUCGGAUCCGAAAAUUGAGAAUGAGUCCGAGGACAGAGGGAAAGAAAACAAAACAACGACAAAAGAUAGCAGUAAAAGCCCGGACGACGGACAUACAUCGGGGCAUGCGCAUAACGACAAACAACAAAUGGAAGUUGAGGAAGUUGGUAGUGGAGAUGUUGUCAAUGAUAACACCGGAUCCGAACACACCUGGCAUACUUGGCGAGACGUGAACGAAUCGUAUGCUUACAAUGACGUCACCAAAUAUAUCGAGGAUAAUGAACUUAUGACUGUAGAAAAGUUAGAUUGGAUUAAAAACUGGAUAGUUGAUGUAGAGAAGGCUCUUGGCGAAGCCGAUGAUGACGAUGACAUUUUGUGA